GUAUCUCAAAUAUCAGCCUCUACUAGUUGUACAGUUCUCCCUUAUUUGUUAUCAGAGAGCCCAAUGGAGCCUUCUGAAGUACCUAGUCAGAUUAGCAAAGAUAAUUUUUUAGAAGUUCCUAAUUUAUCUGAUUCGCUUUGUGAAGAUGAAGAAGUUAAAAUUACCUUCAAACCUGGUUUCUCCCCUCAGCCAAGUAGACGAGGUUCUGAUUCUUCUGAAGACAUGUACCUGGACACCCCAACUUCAGGUACUAGAAGAGUUUCAUUUGCUGACAACUUUGGAUUCAAGCUUGUGUCUGUUAAAGAAUUUGAUUGCUGGGACUUACCAAGUGUUUCAACUAAUUUUGACUUAAGGAAGGACAUUGAGGAAUAUGUUUUAUCUCCACUAUUUGACUUGCCUUCAAAAGAAGAUCUUAUGCAACAACUUCAAGUACAGAAAGCGAUACUGGAGUCAGCUGAAUGUCUUCCUGGGUCUACAAGCAUGAAGGGUAUUAUUCGAGUUUUGAAUGUUUCUUUUGAGAAAUUAGUGUAUGUGAGAAUGUCCUUAGAUGACUGGCAGACACAUUAUGACAUUUUGGCAGAAUAUGUUCCUAAUUCUUGUGAUGGUGAAACUGACCAGUUCUCCUUUAAGAUUUCACUGGUUCCUCCUUAUCAAAAAGAUGUCAGUAAAGUUGAAUUUUGCAUACGUUAUGAAACUUCUGUGGGUACAUUUUGGUCAAACAAUAAUGGCACAAAUUAUAUAUUGGUUUGUCAAAAGAAAGAACAAAAACCGGAGCCUGUAAAACCAUGGGAAGAAGUUCCUAAUAGACAAAUAAAAGGCUGCUUAAAAGUAAAAUCAAGUAAAGAAGAAUCAUCAGCAACAUCAGAAGAGAGUGACUUUGAGAAUCCAAAGCUUACAGAUAUUUAUAUCCCAACAAUCGUUUGUUCUCAUGAGGACAAGGAAGACUUGGAAGCCAGUAAUCAAAAUGUAAAAGAUGUAAACAGGGAACAUGAUGAACAUAAUGAAAAAGAAUUAGAGUUGAUGAUAAACCAACACUUAAUAAGAACUAGAAGCACUGCUUCCAGAGAUGAAAGGAAUACAUUUUCUACAGAUCCAGUCAAUUUUCCAAGUAAAGCUGAGGGAUUAGAGAAGAAGGAAAUCCAUGGUGAAACAUGCACUGACUUGUUCCAAAGGCCUUUGUCUCCAAGUUCAUCAGCAGAAAGCUCCUUAAAGGGAGAUUUUUACUGCAACGAAAAAUAUUGUCCAGGAAAUAAGUGUAGUCUUCAACUUCCAGAGGAAAUUACUUCAGAUAUGGAAGAAAUCAAGCCAUCUUUGGGAGAUGCUAGUAGUGAUGAAUUAGUGCAAUUGCACAUUGGCACUAAAGAAGUCUUGGACAAUGAGGCUAAUCCUGCCCACAAAAGGGGCAGAGUGCACAUAUCUUGCCCCUCCUCAGAUCAGCUAAUAGCAGGCAACCUUAAUAAAAAACAAGAAGGAGGAGCUAGUAAAAUCGAAAUAAAAGACUGGGAAUGUUUAAAAAGGGAUUUCCAUUCAGAUGUGUCUGCAUAUCUUGAAGAACCAACAGAAAAAGUAUCUUCCAAGGAAGAUUAUGGCAAUGGUAAAGAUGAUGAGGGACAAAGAAAACAUUUAGGUGUUAAUGAAAAACAAAGCAAAAUUUGCCAAUCAACCUCACAUGACCAAGAAAGGAAGAUGGGCCACCCUGAAGUAAGUGUGGAAGGAAUUGGAACUAGUAACAGAGACCUAACUGCUCUGCUGAGCAAAGAUACCUCCAUUCCCGCCUGGGCAAUCACAGCAGAUACGUCUCAUUCACCAAGGACAAAUUUAAGUGGGGAAGAAGCUGUAUUCACCCCAGAGCAUGAUCACUUGACUAGCAAAGGCAUACCUUUAGGAGGAAUAACUAGUCAAGUUUUUUCACCAAGAAAUGGAAAUGUUUUGAAGAAUGAUUAUCUUUUCCAAGCUGAAGAAGAAAAAUCAGGUUGGAUUAAUCCUGAAGACCAGGAUAAAAACACACAGCAUAAACAAAGUUGGAAUGUUCCAGAAAGUCAGGGGAAAACAAGAGAGAAUAAGACAAAUAAACCAGAGCAGAUCAAAGAACAAGCAGAUUGUGAAGACCUGUGGGAAAAAAGAGAUAAUACGAGGAGUUUGAAAGCUACUUCUACAGAAGAAUUGUUUACCUGCCAAGAAACAGUGUGCUGUGAACUGUCUUCUCUAGCUGAUGAUGGUAUUGCUGAGAAAGCAGAAGCAGGUACAGCUUAUAUAAUUAAGACAACAUCAGAAAGUACUCCAGAAAGCAUGUCUGCUAGAGGAAAAGCAAUAAUUGCUAAGCUCCCCCAAGAGACAGCACGAAGUGACAGGCCCAUCGAGGUAAAGGAAACAGCGUUUGAUCCACAUGAAGGGAGAAAUGAUGCUUCACAUUAUACCCUUUGUCAACGAGAUACAGCCGGUGUAAUCUAUGACAAUGAUUUUGAAAAGGAAUCACGUUCAGGUAUUUGUAAUGUACAUGUAGAGGAAAUAGAGAAGAAAGAAACCAUGUCUAUGUACAGUUCUGGGAAGACAGAUGACAGGGAGAAACAUGGCAUUGGAAAUAGAACAUCUGUAGAGGAGUUCUCACAGAUCAUUACAAAAAAUCACGAAGCAACUUCACAACCAGAUUUGCAUUUGGGGAUGUUACCAACAGACAAAAAAAUGUUUACAGAAAACAGAGAUCAUGGGCAGGUCCAAGAAUUAUCGACGGAAAUGGACUUAGAUGCCGUUGUUCAUCCUGCUUUUAAUUCAGACGCUAAUCGAGUUUCUCAGAGUGGCUGUCACAUUCCCACACACCAUCCCAAAGUGACAGGGCCAUCUUACAAACAGCCGAUUUCUGUAGGGAAUACAGUUACUAUGAUGACUUUCCAAUCUAUUUCUACUAAAUCUGAAAAUGAUUGUGACCCAACAAGAGAAGUCCAGGGUACUGAGAAGCACCCUUAUCCUGGGUCUAAACCUGAAGAAGUUUCCAAAAGUUCAGUAGUGACAUCAGGUAGUAGAAAACAAAGAUACAUAGGCCAAAUUUUCCAAUCAGGGGAAAGCAGUGUGGAAAAAUCUCUGGGGCCAACGAUUUUAAUCAGUGAACCUCUUGAGAACAUAGAAGAAGCAAGGCAUGAAAAUGAAGGAUUAAUAAACUCUGGACAAUCACUAUGCUUUUCAAGUGAAAAGGAAUCUGAGAGCUCUGCUUCUGCUAGUCUUCCUGUCCAGGAAAGUCAAGUUCAAAGCAAUGAAUCUUUGUUUUCAAAAUAUACCAAUUCUAAAAUACCGUAUUUCCUCUUGUUUCUGAUAUUUCUUGUAACUAUCUAUCACUAUGACUUAAUGAUUGGUCUGGCAUUCUACCUUUUUUCAUUGUACUGGCUGUCCUGGGAAGGGGGUAGAGGAAAAGAGUCUGUUAAAAAGAAGUAACCUCAGCACUAUUAUUAUUCUCUCUUAAAAGAUAAGCUAUUUAGCCCCCAACAUUUGGAUUGGUGAAAGAGACUAUUCAUUGUUCAAAGAUCCAGCAGUUUUUCUCUUGAAGGAUCAUUUAAAAAGGAAUGCGUAUGAAGUUUGCUCCUUCAUAUAAGUAAUUAUUCUAUAUAGGACCAUUAUGUUUGGAUCAUUAAAUACCUAUAUGAAUAUGAGAUCUGAAGCACGUCAAGUUGAAAUUAGGUACAGCUGUUGCUCCUUAGCAGGUUAUGAAGUUGCAAUGCUUCAUGUCUCUUCACUAUUUAAAGUGCUAUUUCUUACAUUCAUUUCUUUUGCAGUAAAGCUUCAUUUUUUUUUCCUUGAGAGUAUAUUUCCCCUUACGGUUUUUAAAACAGAUAAAACAUGGACAAUAGUAGAGGACUUUUUUGUUUGUUUAGUAUUAACCAUGUAAUUUGCACUUAUCAGCACAUAUUGAUAAAUCAAAUAUUUCAACUUCUAUUUCAUAUUUUUAAGAAACUAUCUAUGUAUAUUGAAAUGAGAAAACUUAAAAAAAAAAACACACAUUCUGUUUUCUUUAUACGUGCACCUUAUGCCUUAUUGAUACCUACAAAGUCAGGGCAUUCAUAAGCCAAACCUGACAAAGACUGAAACCAUUGGGAUAUUAUCUUUCAAGUCUACAAAAUUUGUCAGUGGCUUGCCUUUAAGCAAGGUUUUUCUCUUGUAAAAGGAGACUAUAACACAGCUGAACUAUUUCAAUGUCAACUAUUCAGAGUUGAAAAUGUAAAUUAAAAGUUCCACAAGCAUUGCUUCAGAAUAAAUUUGUACCUAUAAAGAAUAAGGCAUUAAAUGAUAAUAAUAAAAAUAUUCCAAAUGGACUAUGUGUUCUUCCUGGUAGUACUUUUGUCUUCAAAGUUUCAAUCUUUUCUCAUUGUAAAACAAUGAAUUAUUCCCUAAGGUGCAUUUAAAAACUAAACAAUUAGUCUUUGAUGAUAUUUAUUAUAGGAUUAUUAUAUUAUGUUGUUAGAUGAUAACAGAAAAUUUUAAGUAGGCAAAUAGGUAUAUGUGGAAAUCUACUGAAGAAGAAAUGAAUAUCUAGUAUAACGGUGACUUUGGCUGCUGUUAUUACCUAUAGCCAAAUGUGUGAAAUAAUGAAACUAUUCAUUUUAGUCUAGAAGGAGUAAUGCAAGAUUCAUAUACAAUUUAUUUCAACAACUAUUUAUUGAAUGACUUCUAGCUACAAAACUGUGCUCUGUUCUAUGGCAGAGCACAUGCUUUGAUAUGCUGCAUAGCUAGUCUAGGCAUUGGUUUGCAGUGUGUUACUUUUGACUUGGCUGGGAUUGUGAAGGAAAGUCACUCAGAGGGAGACUAUUUGGAUGAUUCCUUUUUCAUAGGAACUUCUUUAAUAAGACAUGUAACACUUAUCUAUAGAGAGAAAAAGUAAUCAGUUUAUUUACCUGUAAAGGUAAAUUCAAUGAGAAAAACUUAACAUAUAUCACCCCAUACAUCUAAAAAAUAUGCGUAUAUGGAAAGACAAAAUAAGGAUGAAACAUUUAUAUUGACUUUCAUCCAGUAGUAAAUGAUUUCCUUAAUUUUCAUUAGGUACACAACUGCUUCCAAAUCCCCUAAUUGCAUGCUACCCUCAAGUCCCAUUGAAAAUGAAUGCUUGACUUCAACUUUUUAGUUGACCAAAUACAAACAUCCUGAAGUAGAACUCAGGGCAAAUAUUUGAUUAUUUGAGAAGGCACAUUUUCAUUAAGUGGGAGUGCAAUACUGUAAGUAGUACCUAGAAAUUAUCUCUAAAAUUGCUAUCCUGAUAAUUUUAUUGACAGGUCUAAAUUACCAUGGAGUUAAAGUUAGCAUUUCCUCUGUUCUUAAAUGGCUUGGUUUUUGAAUUCUACCUUUAAGAGUUUUAGUCAAUAUGCCAUAUCACGUUAAUGCAAAGAACGCUACAUUCAUAACUUUAUGAACACAGGUGCCUAAACUGGAAUUAUUCCCUUAAAAUAACAACAUAACUGCUUUUAUCUCUUUUAUUUGACUUUUGGUAACAUUAACUUACCAAACCUUUUCAUACACAUUUAUAAUAUGACAAUAGAAAUUUCAAUAGAUUUAAAAUAUUUAAUUGUGUAUUUCUCUGUAUGCAAUGAAGAAAUAAUUAAUGAUUCAACUGCUUUUCCAAACAUUACUUAUGGAGAACUUCAAGUCGUACAAACUUGUGAAACUAUUGCUAUGUGAAGAGGGUGAUUUUUGCAAUGUGUUUUGAUCAUAUCACUAUGUCAAGCAAGAAAAGUAGAUUUCAAGAAGAACUGUUAGCCCCUGGUUAAUACAGCUUUGGCUGUGAAUCAUCAUGACAAGGGUAAUCUUCAUAAGCACAGCUGCCUGCAUUGUGUCUGUCCAAGUAUUGUUUAAGGGUGAAAUGACAGUGUGGCGGGAGAGCGUGCAAAGAGAGGUGCAUUGCACAUCUGCUUCAUAUAUUGGGUAAGAAAUGUGAUAUAACUAUCACUUUUUAUCUUGCUGGGCUUCUGACCAUUAGAAAUGAAAUUCUAAAAAUUAAUUUUCAAGUCAAGCAAGUAUAGGUAGUAAAAACAAUUUUCUUAAAAAAUCACAUUUGUAUAAACCAUCAAUAUCGCAAUAGGUUUCUCAAUGUAUGAGGAAAUGAGUCCAUGAGAUGACACUCACCCUUCAACAUUAAAGAACACUGGGUUAAUACAGCUAUGUUUGCCUGCUUAGCUCUAAUAUUUUGGCAGCAAAUUAUUUCAAAGAAUAUCUCUUUGUUAAAGAAACAGGAUCAUGUUUUAUUUGUCAUCUUAAACCAGUCUGCUGGCUAAGUAGAAAACUUAAAAAUAUCCAUAUCAAAUUUGGAGAAAUAAUAAGGUAUUUUCUUUUUCCUAAAUAGCAUUCAUAGUGCUUUCUUACUAAUAUUUUUUCCAGCCAUGGAUAUUAUUUCAAAUUGCCAGGCCUGUUGUCUUCUUUAUUAGGCUCACUUUGCAUACAAAUGAACUAAAAAAGCAAACAAAGCAAAACAGUAAAAAACUAGCAGGAGAACCAGUGAGGAUGCAGGCAGGUCCAUCUACCGAUUUCUGUUAUCAUGAUCCCUGACCUUUCUUUCAAAUUUGUACUCAGUGAAUAUAAAAUUGAACCACACAAUAGGAUUUUCUUUUGUUAUUUGAAUUUUGCCUUAGCCAGUUCUUAUGGAACUGAGGAAUAGGAUCGACUUUGAUUCUGCAAAAAGGUAUGACAGAAAUCUGACAGGACAAGCUCUUCAGGCAUCUCCACAAUUGUACACCCACAUGAAAAAACAGUUACAAAGGUUACUUUUAUUUAUCUUAUUAAAUUCAUUUGUUUAUCUUUUUCUGGUUUCAGAAAUAAUUUAUAAUAAAUAUCAUGGCAACAUAAUUUACUUUUCAUCCUUUAAAAACAGAUUUUUGUCAUUAAUCCAAUGUUUCUAUUACUUAACCAAAACCUCUUUAAAUAGCAGAUUAAAUUUUCGCUAGAUUUGAAUGAUCAGAUGUUUACAAUAAACGCCUUUAUUGUAGUGUGCUAAAAUAUUAUUAUUAAACAAACAACUCUUUGAAAAGUAUAGCAUUUUUAUUUUGUGUCAUUUCUAUAUACAUUAAAUGCGUACAUAUUACCUCCUUUUUCAAAUAUGAAACAAUUCAUUAUGAGAAAAUUUAAUGAAAAAAUACCCUAAGUCUUUUCUUAAUAUAUCUAAUUCCUUAUAGUAAUGAUAAUAAAGUAAAGAGAGGCACAGGUAAAUCUAUAGUAGGUUACAGAGAAAUUAUUUUUAUUUGGCUGUGAUGUCUCCAACAUCUGAUUUUGCAGCAGUUAUCAAUGCCUAAUUAAAUUACUGGUCUUGGUUAGAAUUUGUGCAUCUUCCUUCUUAUCAUGCCACCACCCAGCCUUAUCUCCCACUGUUCCCUGCCUCAAGCCUUCUGUCAGUAGAACAAAUCUCACUCUCCCUAGAACAUGCCAUGCUUGUCUGUUCCUCCAUGAUUUUGCUUAUGUAUGCCCCUUUACCUAGAGGAUAUUUUCAGUAUCAUCUCUAUUUCUCUCUUCCUAUCCAACUCUGCACGUUUUGCUAUGUAAAGUUGAUGUCUGCAUCAUUUUGAAGUAUGCUAUUUCCUUCUGUGGGAUCAUAACCAUUUUUAUCUCUCUUGUGACACUAACCUUCUUGCAUUUACUGGCCAUUUGACUAAUUAUCCUAACUGGACUAUCUGCUUGUUCAGGACAGGGCCAUAAGGGCUUUCUCUUCCAUCCUAUCACCCUGCAAUUUCUAGUUUGUAGGAAUCCUCAUUCAAUACUUAUAGACAGAAUUGAAUUGUAUUAUUGUUUAUUGUCCUUGAAAUGUGGACAAGGUUAUCUGAGGUCUGAAUUAAACAUGAAUAAAUUUGAACAAACUGAAA